CGGAGUCCCCCGCCCUCGUCACUGCCUCCCGGGAGCUGCGGGGCAGUCGGACGCGGAGUCGCUGAAGCGCGAGGACGCCUGGCUGGAGCUGCCCCCUGCAGCCCAGCCGGCGUCCCCUGCCCUUCGCCUAGGCGCUGGGCCGGCGCCCCCGCCGCCCUCGCAGCGCUUCUCCCUCCCGCCUCCCGCAGGGCGCGGAGCUCAGCCACCGCCGGGUGCUGCGCGGCCGGCGCGAUGCGGCAGCUGUGCCGGGGCCGCGUGCUGGGCAUCUCGGUGGCCAUCGCGCACGGCGUCUUCUCGGGCUCCCUCAACAUCCUGCUCAAGUUCCUCAUCAGCCGCUACCAGUUCUCCUUCCUGACCCUGGUGCAGUGCCUGACCAGCUCCACCGCGGCGCUGAGCCUGGAGCUGCUGCGGCGCCUCGGGCUGGUCGCCGUGCCCCCCUUCGGCCUGAGCCUGGCGCGCUCCUUCGCGGGGGUCGCAGUGCUCUCCACGCUGCAGUCCAGCCUCACCCUCUGGUCCCUGCGCGGCCUCAGCCUGCCUAUGUACGUGGUCUUCAAGCGCUGCCUGCCCCUGGUCACCAUGCUCAUCGGAGUCCUGGUGCUCAAGAACGGCGCGCCCUCGCCAGGGGUGCUCGCGGCCGUGCUCAUCACCACCUGCGGCGCCGCCCUGGCAGGAGCCGGCGACCUGACCGGCGACCCCAUCGGGUACGUAACUGGCGUGCUAGCGGUGCUGGUGCACGCCGCCUACCUGGUGCUCAUCCAGAAGGCCAGCGCAGACACAGAGCACGGGCCGCUCACCGCGCAGUAUGUCAUCGCGGUCUCCGCCACCCCACUACUGGUCAUCUGCUCCUUCGCCAGCACCGACUCCAUCCAGGCCUGGACCUUCCCGGGUUGGAAAGACCCGGCCAUGGUCUCCAUCUUCGUGGCCUGCAUCCUGAUCGGCUGCGCCAUGAACUUCACCACACUGCACUGCACCUAUAUCAACUCAGCUGUGACCACCAGCUUCGUAGGCGUGGUGAAGAGCAUUGCCACCAUCACCGUGGGCAUGGUAGCCUUCAGCGACGUGGAGCCCACCUCUCUGUUCGUUGCCGGCGUCGUGGUGAACACUCUGGGCUCCAUCAUUUACUGUGUGGCCAAAUUCAUGGAAACCAGAAAGCAAAGUAACUACGAGGACCUGGAGUCCCAGCCCGGAGGAGAGGAGGCGCUGCCAAGUGGAGACCAGAUGCCAUUUGUUAUGGAGGAGCUGCCAAGAGAGGGAGGAAAUGGCUCAGGUGGCGGCGAGGCAGCAGGUGGCUCCACUCCACCGCAGAGUGGGCAAGAGGCGCGGGGCAGUCCCGGAGGAGCCCGGCUGGUGGCUAGGAGCUCUGAAGAAGGAAGCAAGAGGUCGUUAAGGGAAGCUUACCUGGAGGUGUGGAGGUUAGUUAGGGGAACCAAGUACCUGAAGAAGGAUUAUUUGAUAGAGAAUGAAGAGUUACCCAGUCCUUGAAAAGGAAAUGCAUGUAUGUACAUAUGUACAUACGCUUAUUUUAUAUGUUAGAAAUAACAUGUUUUAAUGAGAGGCCUUCCAGUUUUAUUCUUUGAGUGGGAAAGGGAAGCCAAGAAAGCAUAUGAAAGGUACAGACAGAGCAACAAAAUUAGCACCUGUGUGAAUUAUUUAGCGUGACUAACUGAGGCAUCAUAGAGACAAAAGAAUGUGAGGUGGCUUAAUCAGUCAGGCAGAGGUUUCUGCUUCAGACUUCUGGCACACUUAUUGUUUUGUAUUAUAAUCACAACCAAAUAUCUGCAUGUACCAAGAGUCCCUAAACCACCCUCUCCAAAGAUGGAGUAAUAAUGAUGGCACUUAAGUUCAAAGAUUCAGGGGUACUUUCUGCUAAUAGUUAGAACUACAGUUUUUAUCAACAAUUGGUAAAGAGUGCAUUGUUGAAGUGACAUAUAUAUAUAUACUGAAUUGAUGUUUACUGUUUAUAGUCGUCUGAAACGUUUACUCGAAUUUUUCUUUACUUGUUUUUUUUUUAAAUAAGUGCUCUAAUAGUCUAUUAUAUAUUGGUAGAAAAUGUUAAAGCUAUUUUGAAAAUAUGAGAUCUUAGCUUUAAUUAUGAAAUCUAAAGUUUGCUUUUCAUAAUUAUAAAAUGUAUUCUAAAAGUGGUUUUGGUUCAUUGCUUGGUAAUAUUUAUUAUUGAAUGCCAUGACCUUUUUCAAAACCAGUUUUACUAUGUCCAAUAUUCUUUUAAGCAAGUGUUAUGGCUGAAAUAUAAUUCAGGAUUAACUAAAGCCAGCCAGAAGAGGGACCCUCCUGUGAAACAAUCCUUUGGAAGUCACACUGCAUACCCUAUGCCAUGUUACCAAACCAUGUUACAGAAAGAGCAACUGCUAUAUUCACAUUAUGAUAUUUUUCUAUCUCAAAUUUGUCAAAAUAAAAGUAUGAGUCUA